AUGGCCACUCUUCUGAAAAAGCCUCUGAAACUCGCCCUGGUGCAAUUAGCUUCAGGUGCCGAUAAAGCCCUUAACCUCCGUCACGCGCGUAACAAAGUCCUCGAAGCCGCAAAUUCAGGCGCAUCCCUCAUCGUGCUGCCAGAAUGCUUCAACUCCCCCUACGGCACCCAAUACUUCUCCAAAUACGCCGAAACCCUCUCCCCCUCCCCACCUUCAAAGGAGCAAUCCCCUUCCUUCCAUGCCCUUUCUGCCCUCGCCUCAGAGGCCAAAGCCUAUAUCAUCGGCGGCAGCAUCCCCGAAUUCGCCCCAGAGAGUAACAAAUACUACAACACCUCCCUUGUCUUCUCACCCACAGGCGCGCUGAUCGCCACGCACCGCAAAACGCACCUCUUCGACAUCGACAUCCCCGGCAAAAUCACCUUUAAGGAGAGCGAGGUGUUGUCUGCCGGCAAUAAGAUUACAAUCGUCGACUUACCGGAAUAUGGCAAGGUGGGGCUGGCGAUCUGCUACGACGUGCGGUUCCCGGAGUCAGCCAUGAUCGCGGCGCGCAGGGGUGCUUUUCUACUGGUAUACCCGGGCGCAUUCAACUUGACUACCGGACCCCUGCACUGGUCGUUGCUGGGGAGGGCGCGGGCCGUGGAUAAUCAGGUCUACGUUGCACUGUGCAGUCCGGCUAGAGACAUGAAUGCCUCGUACCAUGCUUGGGGGCAUAGCUUGGUUGCAGAUCCGAAGGCGGAGAUCUUGAAGGAGGCUGGGGAGGCGGAGGAGAUUGUCUAUGCUGAUCUGAAUCCAAAGGCAAUUGAGGAGAUGAGGAAGGGAAUUCCAAUCUAUAAUCAGCGGCGGUUCGAUGUGUAUCCUGAUAUUAGCAAGGGGGUCUUCAAGGAUAGUGAGUGA